GCCGCGCGCGCGGAUGACACGUCGGAGCAAGGGCCCGGCGGCGGCGGCUCCUGUGGCGCGGAGACUAGCGAGGAAGGGUCGUUGGCUCGCUUGCUCGCUCCGCCCCCCCGCGAGCUGGCGCGCGCAUUCCCUGGCGCUAGGAUGGAACGGCUGCGCCAAUAGGGCCCCUCCCUCGCGCAGGGGUCCCAGAACUGGACCGGACCCCGCCCUCUUCCGUUGCUUGGCAGCCGCAGCGGCCCCUCCCCUCUUUCCUCAGGACCCGCAGCCGGCAUCAGGUUUCAUCGAGGCAGAGGGGCGCCAUGCGCUUCUCCUUGGUCCUGUCUCUUCUCCGCCCGGUGGGGCCAGUGGUGGUCGGGGUGUCCCUGGGGUUCACCCUCAGCCUCCUCAGUGUCACCUGGGUAGAAGAGCCCUGUGGCCCCGGCCAGCGCAGCCUACGCGAUGGGGGCCUCGAUCAACAGCAGCACCACCUGCACCAAGGAGGGCAGGGCAAUGCGGCCCGCAAGCCCAAUUCUGUGCCUGGGGGCCUGGGCACUGACCCUGAACAGAGCUGGGAGCCCCGUGUCCUACCUUACAAGCCCCCAAACCCUGGCAAAGCUACCAAGAAAACAAUCAGGACCCGGUAUAUCAGCACAGAGCUGGGCAUGCGGCAACGUCUCUUUGUCGGGGUACUGACUUCGAAGAACACGUUGAACUCCCUGGCUGUGGCGGUUAAUCGCACCUUGGGCCACCGACUGGAACGUCUGGUCUACUUCACUGGCACACGAGGGCGUAAAGUACCACAUGGCAUGAUGGUGGUGACGCAUGGUGAUGAGAGGCCUAUCUGGAACAUGUACCAGACCGUCAAAUACGUGCUAGACCAUUAUGUGUCAGACUUUGAUUGGAUUUUCCUAGUGCAGGAUGACACCUACACAGAAGCCCAUCGUGUGAACCGCUUGGCCUCUCAUCUCAGCAUUGACACCCUCCUCUACAUGGGCCGACCAGAAGAGUUCAUUGGUGGGGAUACGCCAGGACGCUACUGCUAUGGCGGCUUUGGCUACCUGCUUUCCCGAGCCCUGCUUCUGCGCUUGCAGCCUCAUUUGGAAAGCUGCCGGAAUGACAUCCUGAGUGCUCGCCCUGAUGAGUGGCUGGGGCGCUGCAUCAUUGACUACACAGGGGUGGACUGUGUAGCAGAGCAUGAGGGCCUGCGUUAUCAGUACUUUGAGCUUGGAAAGAACACAGAUCCCGAGAGAGAGAAUGAUCCACGAUUCAAUUCUGCAUUCACUGUUCAUCCUGUGUUGGACCCUGUCCAAAUGUAUCGGUUACACAGACAUUUUGCCCGUGUAGAGUUGGAGCACACAUAUCAGGAGAUUCAGCAGCUCCAAUUGGAGAUCCAGAAUACCAGCAGCCUUUCAGCAGAUGGAGCUCUGAGUGCCACGUGGCCCAUUGGCAUUGCUCCCCCUUUCCAGCCCAAGACCCGAUUUGAGGUGCUUCGGUGGGACUACUUUACUGAAGAGUCGGCUUUUGCCUGUGUGGACGGGGCCCCCAAGUGUGAGCUCCGAGGGGCAGAUGCCGCUGAUGUUGCAGACGUGGUCACUGCAGCAGUGGAAGAGCUGAACCGCCGUUACCAGCCAGUGCUACAUGUGCGCAAGCAGCAGCUGCUGAAUGGCUACCGCCGCUUUGACCCCACACGGGGCAUGGAGUACACACUAGACCUGCAGCUGGAGGUGGUGACCCAGAAGGGGCACAGCCGCUCCCUGGCCAAGAGGGUACACCUGCUGCGCCCUCUCAGCGAGGUAGAGAUCAUUCCUAUGCCCUAUGUGACAGAGGCUAGCCGAGUGAACGUCAUCUUGCCACUGACAGCAGCUGAGCGGGAUUAUGCUGCACGCUUCCUAGAGGUUUAUGCCACAGCAGCUUUUGAGAAUGCAGAGAAUGCUGUCCUGACCUUCCUUUUUAUCUAUGAUCCUUUUGAGGCUCAGCAGGUUGCUCAGAAUGAUGUCUUUGGAGCAGUGAAGGCCCGUAUUGCUGAAUACGAACGGCGCUACACACAGGUGAAGAUUCCUUGGAUCAGUGUCAAGACAGACGCCCCUUCCCAGAUCAAGGUGAUGGACAUCAUCUCCAAGAAGCACCCUGUGGACACCCUUUUCUUUGUGGCUGGUGUAAGCACCGAGGUCACCACUGAGUUCCUCAACCGGUGCCGCAUGAACACCAUCAACAGCUGGCAGGUUUUCUUCCCUAUCCACUUUCAGGGCUACAACCCCACCAUCGCUUUCCACAAUCAGCCCUCACCGCUUUCUGGAUUGGACCUGGUGCGAGACGCUGGCCACUUUGACCAUGAUGCUUUCAAUGAAGCUUGUUUUUACAAUGCUGACUACAUGGCGGCCCGCACUCGGAUGGCGGCUGAUGCCCAGGACAAUGAAGACAUCCUGGAGACCAUGGACAUCUAUGACCUUUUCGUGAAGUACUCAAACCUGCAUGUCUUUCGUGCUGUGGAGCCUGCCCUUCUACAGCAGUACAGGCCACAGAGCUGCAACCCCCGGCUGAGUGAAGAGCAGUACCACCGCUGUGUGCAAAGCAGCUUAGAAGGCCUGGGUUCCCGAGCACAGCUGGCUAUGGUGCUCUUUGAGCAGGAGCAAGGCAAUAGCACAUGAGGGCUGGGCUUGAGCCAGCUGGACUCACACUCUCCACUGUCUUCACUUCCCGUGAUGGCAGAGGAGAGCUGGAAAUGACUGUUCAAACUAAGAACCUACGAUGGCACUCUGACUGGCAUUAUGGGUUACACACUGCAGGCCAUCAGUGAGAAUGGGAAUCAUGGGGACUCAUGGAUUCCUGUCUUGUGUUUGUCUUGCUCUGUUUCCCUAGCCCAGGUCCAGGCCCUCGCUCAGAUCUACAGGUCUCACAUUAAGGACAGGCAGGACCUGCCCUGGGAUUUCCUGCUUGGGACGGCUCACUGUUGCAGCUCCUCUGUUGUGGGGCACCAGGGCUCUUAGAGGAGGGGCCCUUGCAUAAACAGCUGGAAAGGUGGGUGGGGUGGGGUGUGCUGAAGAGGAGGCUAGGUUGCUAGAUGCUGGGGCUGAAUCUUGGCCCAGCAGGGAGAAACCAGCAGCACUACUCAGCCCAGUGGCUGCAGUCUUGGUGUUAACUUCAUGAACACUCCAGACUGGGGUAGAAGGGAGUUUCUCCGUGGGUGGGAGGGCAGAGGGAUUUAUCUUGUGACACUCCCCCUGGAAACCCUGACACGGGCUACUUUAGCCUCAGAUCAGUAUUGGAAGGGGGAAGGGGGGUACAGACAUGGGAAUAGCUUUCAUAGGAGAUUUGGGCUGCCCCUGCUGCCAGGCUGGCUCUGGCACUGUGGGAACGAUCCCUAUUUCUGAUGUUUGCCUGCUUUUGCAACUGGCUGGGCUGGAGGUAUGUGAACUUUGCCUACCUUGCAGCUCAGAACUCUUCAACACACAUCACAGGUUGUGCUGAUCAGCUGGGUGUUUAGUCCAGGGAGCAGGCAAGGCCCAGAAUGGGGGGAAGGAGAUGGGGCUUGGCUCUCCAAUGGCUCAUAUUUAACACAGGGGUCGGGGACUCAUUUGUCUUGCAUUUUAAUAAACUGGAGCGAAGCACACA